AUGAUCGUAAUUUGGCAUCCGCCUCCACAAAGCACUAGAGAAAGGCGAGUGGAUGAGAGUGUGGGUGUUAUUCUGUUUUUCCCUCCUUCUUUUUCUUUCCUUCUAUGGUGUGUGUAUCUGCACUUAUCAAAGAAGCAUUUUUUCUCUCACAGAUCCGGGCUUAUCUACUGCCUGCGCACCACCCCCUUUCCACUCUUUCGUUGUUUCUUUCCUCCUUCCAUCCUCAUUCCUUGCAGCCCUCGAUCUGUAACCGCGCUCCACAAAAAGAAACCCAGUCCACCACCACUCACUUAUCCUUCAUCCUUCCACUCCUUUCCCCCUCGAGCACCUUCUUAUAUCCCACAUCCCCCCUCUCCGGCACCAGCAAUCCAUCAACACAGCCUCUCCUUUUUUCAUUAUCGAAAUAUCGCUCUCGUUUUCUACUCCCAUCCUCAUAUAUUACUCGUUCGCUUUUAUCUACCCACCACUUUUGAACUUAUUCGUCUCCCUGCCUCCCCCCAUCCACUCCCACAUUCAAAAACAAAACCCCUUCCAAAUAUCCCUUCUUCUCACUUACACACACUCCCCCCACACAUAAUCAAUAAUCAUAAGCUGGCUCCCACGGCUCUUUUCUAUUCUCCUGCUCCGGAGCGGCUCCCAUCUCCACAUCAUCUUCUUCAUCCCACAUCUGGCAGUGACGAAACAAUCCUUCCUUCCAUCUCACGGACUCCAUCUAGAUCCCCAUUGCCAUCUCUCAACAACACGCUGGCUUCCGUCGCUCUCCCGUCUCCCCCGUUGCGGAUUAACGGGGGUUUUCCAAUGACUUUCGCAACUUCAUCACCAGGGGCGAGUACUGCUGGCCAGGGGACUACUCCUCCCAUCUGUCAAAAUUGCACAACGUCAACAACUCCAUUAUGGCGACGGGAUGAAAGUGGAUCAGUUCUCUGUAAUGCAUGCGGUCUAUUCCUCAAGCUUCACGGCAAGGCACGACCCAUUAGCUUGAAGACGGAUGUUAUCAAAAGUCGAAACCGUGUGAAGAAUUCCGGUCAGCCGGCCAAGAAGAAAAGUCUAUUCGAUUCACCCAAUGGAUCGGCAAAUAACCACUCAGCAGCCCGGUCAGAAAAUGGGACACCCCCACCCGGGCACCGCAAACCAUCUUCAGGUACCGCUUCGAAUAGAUCAGUAUCUCCCCAAUCCCGGGCCGGAACUCCUCUACCACCACCAUCGCAUAUGGCACCAUCGAUAUUUGAAUCUCUUCACCAAGCUGAAAACUCAAUGGUUGGUAGCCCCUCAACACUACCAGCCAUAAACACCCUGAAUCAUCCAUCGCCAGGAUCCACAUCUUCGCUCCACGAUCGGCACUUGGAGAACCCGGCACUGACUCUUGAUUGUCUGAUCAGUGCUAAUAAUAAACUCAAGACUCGUGUGGCCGAAUUGGAAUUGGUGAACGAUCUAUUUCGAGGCCGAGUGAGCGAACUCGAGACUAGCGAAGCCAAUGCCCGGCGAGCGGAAAUCACACGAAGAGAAGUCGAGGCGCAGUUACGGUUGUGCUUGGAUGCCAGCGCUAAGCGCGAGGAAGAGCUCAAGAGGAAAUUAGACGAUGCUGAGAGGGAGCUUACCGACCUGCGUGGCGAUCAGCAACGGAAAAAGGUCAGAGUCUCUGACCUGACUGAAUGAAAAAUCAUUCCGAAGGGUGAACAAAACAAUCACGGACAAAAGAGGAGGAGCAAAAAAAAUUAAAUUUAAAAGUUAAUAUGGUUUGCAUGAGCCUUAUUCCUAAAUACUGACGGGCGAUUUUGUUACAUGUCCUGCGACUUUUUGCCUUUUAUUUUACAUUUUUCGCUUUAUACAUCCAUGGUUGAGAUUUUUCAAUCUCCCUUGACCAUUCUGACAAAAGCAAAAGAUAAAAAAGUUUUUCUCGCUCUGGGGCUUUCUGGUAUGGUCACAGGCU